GCCUGACUGCGACUUUUUUUUUUUUCCUUUUUUUUUUCUAAAUGUGCACACCAGCCGGCUCAGCCCUCACACAGUGACAGAUAUUUGUCAGUCGGGACUGAGGGGGGGCAGGCUAUCUCGGAAAUAAUCUGCCCACGCGUUAAGCUGCUUUAUCCCCGCCAAGCCUCAGCCGAACAGACUGCUGCAGCUCCGUUACCAGUCAGAGGGAAACCCGCAUUAAGAGGAGGGGGGGAGUAAGGAAAGAAAGAAAGAAAAAGUGGCACAAGGUGCUGAGAGAAGUUUGAGAAAUCUUUCCUGGCUGAGAGCUGGCGAAUUCACAGAGUGUGGAGACGUUUUGACGCACACAUGCCCGGACCCUGACGCACGGUCCUGAAGCUGAACCUGCUGCUGCUGUGAGCUCAGACUGGGAGGCAGGAGGCGUGAAACAAGUUCACACUGGGAAUUUAACCACAGCGAGAAGCUGGCAACGGUGGUUUGGGCAUGGAAAGGACUGGACUUUGGAUAUUCCUGAUAACAACUUGUGUUAAUCCAGGAAUAAAUGGACAGACUGUGGAAAUGGAUGAUGGGAAGUCGGGGUAUGUUGGCUCAAAGGUGGAUCUCCGGUGUCGGUUCAUCAACAGCUUCCCGCCUGUCAAAAUCUCCCAGGUAACAUGGCAGAAACUGGUAAACGGCACUAAGCAGAACGUGGCAAUCGCAAAUCCGUCCCUGGGUGUGUCCGUGGCGCCGCCCUACAGGGACCGCGUCACCUUCAAGAACGCAGCAGUGAGGCGGCGGACUCCGACUCUUGAAGACACCACCAUCACCUUCUCCUCGCUCCGCCUCGCCGACGAGUCCACCUACAUCUGUGAAUACACCACAUUCCCCGCAGGGAACCGAGAGAACACAGUAAACCUCACUGUCUACGUUCGCCCAACCACUCAGAUGAGUCUGUCCUCGCCGACACUGGUGGCUCGUUCAUCCAAUCUGAAAACCCCCGUGGCUACCUGCACCUCUGCUAAUGGAAAACCUCCCGGUACCAUCAGGUGGGAAACGAGGGUGCCUGGUGAAGUGACCACCCGUGAGUACAGAAACUCCGAUGGGACGUUCACUGUUCAGAGCGAUUACGUUUUGGUGCCCAACAAAGAAACUCAUAAGGAGACGCUCACCUGCGUCACCACCUACAACGAGGAGGUUUACACUGACAGCGUCACCCUCGACAUCCAGUAUGAGCCUGAUGUUUCGGUGGACGGGUUUGAUGGGAACUGGUAUCUGAACCGAGAGAACGUCCAGCUGAGCUGCCAAGCCGAUGCCAACCCAGCCGUCUCUCUGUAUCAGUGGAGGCUUGUUAAUGGCUCCAUCCCGAACAAUGCUGAGGUCAGAGACAACGUCCUCUCCUUUAAAGGACCAGUCACAUACGACCUGCAAGGAACCUAUGUGUGUGACGCAACCAACAGCAUCGGGACACGAUCAGCCUCUGUGGAGGUCAGCAUUAUAGAAAAGCCACUACCACAAAUCGCAACAAGUGAUGUCAUCAGUGUAAUCGCCUUAUUAUUGGCUGCCGGAGUGCUCAUGGGCAUCACUAUCACAGUUCUGGUGCUCAAAAUAAGAAGCCGGAAAGACAGCUCCUCAAGGGACUCUCCAUCCAGAAAACUAUCGCAGCCAGUAAGGAAAAGACCAGGAGAUGAUAUCCAGCAUUCAGGACGUUUUUACGAGGAGCUUCCAAACACAGCGGACUACGUGAGCUACAGACUGGCCUGUAACAAGGAGGACUACCCAGAGCCCUACUCCCCUCCGAUCAACCCUCCUCUGUCAUUCCUGCCCCAACACCCCUACCACUCCACACAGCCGACCCCCACGACGAGCAGCAGCAGCACCACCACGUCCAAAAACACCUUCUCUCCUCCUUCGCACACCACGGCCAUCUUUAAAUACCCCUCUGUGCAGGGUCUGUCUUCUCCUCCCCCAGGAGUGGCAGCAUACACUUUCCCUAAAGAGCAGUACGUCUGAAGCCACACCUCGUUAUACGCUCUCCAACGAGCGCAACGUUUCCUAAGAGGAGGUUGGAAUACAUGGGAUAUUUAACCCUCGUCGGACCGUCAGACAGCGUCUGUGGACUGUCUGCACCAAUGUGGAGCUCUGCAGCUUUUCGUUGUUGGACUUGGAGUUGACGUCCACUUUUGAAACACUUUCUCUCUUUUGUCCUGUCUUUUUAUUGUGUUCUAUUCUUUGAAAAGGGAACCAAGUUUAAGUUAUAGGUUAUAGAGGAAAGUCAAGUUAAAGGUGACUUUUAUUUGAGAAAUGUGUAUUGCAUGUAUGUAUAUUUGAUUACAUCAUACUGAAUGGAUGGGAUUAUCUUUAGAUGUGGUGGACUCCUUACUUUGUCCUUAAUGGACCAUAUUUUGUAAAAAAAAAAAAAAAAAGACAAACUCACACCCAAAAAAAAAAGGGGUUCUGAUGCCCACUCUCUUUUAUCCUGUGUUGUGCACAAUGACAAUCCCUUUACUGAAGAGCACCUAAUGUUACCUUUUGGUUUUACCUCCUGGUUUAAUGUAAUACUUCUACUGUGCUUGUGUUUUGUAUCAUUUACCAUUUUUCUUUGUAAAGAAAAACAAAAAGACAUUUUUAUUUACUGGUGACAUUUUGUCAAUUUAAGACAUUGAUGUUUUUAUUUGUGGUAUUUGUGGGUUUUAGUAUUCAUUGACACUGGUUGUUGGAUGAAUUUCUAGCAUUUAAAUAAAAAUGACCAUGUACACUUGCAUCACACUGAAAA